AUGGUGACCAACUCUACUAAAGAAACGCCAGUUUGAGUAUUAGCAAUUAUGUUAUGCAGAUAAAGACCCGACUUUUAAAAUUGAUUGUUAUGGUCGAAUUUCUUUGUUUAGUGAGAGGAGAGAGAGAGAAAGAGGACAAGUUGAAGUUGGUUUUGGUUCUUGUUAUUAGAUAGAAAGGGCAAAAAAAGGGGUUGUUUUGUAAUAAUUCUGUGGAAGAAGUGGUCAUUUUUGCCCAAGGUCCUACUCCCCCCCACUUCCCACUUGUUGGUCUUCGCUGUCUUUGCAGCUGCUGCAUUUGCUUCUUUUGAUUUUACUCUCUCUCUCUCUCUCUCUCUCUCUAGUUUCUCUAUCCUCUCACAACUCAUCAAUUCUCUCUCUAUCUCUCUCUUCGAAACCUUAAUCAGAGGAUUAGAAAAGGAGCAAUCUUUAUUAGUUUUAGUCCAACUGAUAAUUCUUGUAGUAUUUUAUUGAUCUGGGGUUUUGCUCUGCUGUGAGAAGGGUGUGUGUUUUCUUUCAGUUGGGAUUCUGGGUUUUUGUUCUUGAGGUCAAAUUCUUGGGUAUUGACCAAAAGGGUUUUAUUAUUUUUCCAAUUCUUGAUUUUCUGAAUUGAGACAACAAUGGAGAGGUUUAAUUGCAUGUUGUCCUUGCUUCUCUAGCAUUGACUAUUUCAGCUUUAGGGACAAGAAAAAUGAAGAAUUUCCUAAAGAAACUGCACAUAGGAUCUAACCAGUCCGAGGAAUCAGAGAGCUCCACUUCAUCAACAAAGGGGGGUAACGGUAACGGUAACGGCAGAUUGAAUGAUGGUUCACAAAGUGACAGGCUGUUGUUACUAUCACACUCCAAGUCCGAUAACAAACCCUUUUCGGCGAUUUCGGGAUGGUUGAAUUCCGUGACGAAUAGGCAUAGUAGUAGUAUUAAUAAUAAUCCUAGUCCACCACCAUCGUCCUCGAAUGUCGCAAGAGGGGAACGAAUCGAACCUUCCGAUUCUGCGGGGAGUAGUAGCUUAGAUGCUGCUUUAGAUGCUGUGAGGGGCGAUUCGGGGUCGAAUAAUUCGAGGGAUCAGGAUAUUGAAGAGGAGUAUCAAAUUCAGUUGGCUUUGGAGUUGAGUGCUAAAGAGGAUCCCGAGGCUGUUCAAAUUGAAGCUGUUAAACAGAUUAGUUUGGGUUCUUGCCCCCCAGAAAAUACUCCGGCUGAAGUUGUUGCUUAUCGAUAUUGGAAUUACAAUGCCCUAAGCUACGACGACAAGAUUAUGGACGGCUUCUACGAUCUUUACGGCGUCCUAAUCGACUCCACUUCUUCUAGAAUGCCUUCCCUAGUCGAUUUGCAAGGAACACCUGUAGCCGACAAUAUUAAUUGGGAAGCCAUUCUUGUAAACAGAGAGGCCGACACAAAGUUGUUGAACAUCGAACAAAAAGCCAUGGAUAUGGCUUCGAAGCUGCGGUCGCAUUCUGUUAAUUACGUAACACACAGUAUGGUGCAGAAGCUUGCUAAUUUAGUUUCUGACCACAUGGGGGGCCCGGUCGGCGACCCUGACAGCAUGUUGAUUGCAUGGAAAAAUCUCAACCGUACGUUGAAGGCGGGCCAUGGUAGCAUGGUUUUGCCUAUUGGUUCCUUGACCGUUGGUUUGGCCCGUCAUCGCGCUUUGCUUUUCAAGGUUUUGGCUGAUAGCUUGGGGAUUCCUUGCCGAUUAGUGAAAGGAAAGCAGUUUACUGGUUCUGAUGACGUGGCAAUGAACUUUGUGAAAAUUGAUGGUGCAAGGGAAUACAUUGUUGAUUUGAUGGCGGACCCCGGCACACUCAUUCCAUCUGACGCAGCAGCAGGUGGGCCCCACGUUAAUGAAACCAUAUACUCCUUCCCUUCUUCAUCCAGUGGCGGAAUAACCAACUCAUCUCAAGACUCAUCAGGGUUCAGAGCAGUCGACAAAAGAUCCAAGUUUACGGAGAAUAUUCCUGUGGUAGAGGAAUCUAAACACGAUGCCGAUACUUCAAAAAAGCUUUGGGAUGCAAAGAAAGACUCAAACAGGCCUUAUCAUUCGUUUGCGCACGCAAGAUCUCCUUCUUGGACGGAAGGUGUUAGCUCGCCAGCUGUACGAAGAAUGAAAGUCAAAGAUGCUUCACAAUACAUGAUCGAUGCCGCCAAAGAAAACCCACAGUUAGCUCAGAAACUCCAUGACGUUCUACUCGAAAGCGGGGUGGUCGCCCCCCCAAACUUGUUCACCGAAAUGUAUUCCGAUCAGUUAGAUGUCGAGCUGGCGGAUGUUAAGCCCAUCACAAAAGACAAAAAUAAAAAGAAGGGCAAUAAUACAAAUAACAACAACAACAAUAAUAAUAAUAAUAAUAACCCGGACCGAGCUUUUCUUCCACCACUGCCGCCACAUUACGGUAUAAAGGGGGCGAUCGAAACGAAGAGUGUUCCAGUUGCUGCCGCCGCUGCUGCGGCGGCGGCAGUUGUGGCCUCUUCGAUGGUGGUUGCAGCUUCGAAGGGGAACAGUAUUGCUGACCGGAAUCUGCAGCUUCCGGUGGCGGCUGCCGCCACAGCGACGGCUGCGGCGGUUGUGGCGACAACUGCAGCUGUUCAAUCGAUAGAUACAAGGUGUGUGAAGAGCGACGGUGAUGCUGCUGAUGUGGCGGUUUGUGAGGAACAGGAGGGUCAAGGGGCGAAUUUGGAAGGUGAGAGGGUUUCAGAUAGGUCGACUGGGAACGAGAGUUCGAAAUCUGACGCAGCUCUUGAUGAUGUGGCGGAUUGUGAAAUCCCUUGGGAGGAUAUUGCAUUGGGUGAGCGUAUUGGGCUUGGAUCUUACGGUGAGGUAUAUCGUGGAGACUGGCAUGGAACUGAAGUUGCAGUCAAGAAAUUCCUCGACCAAGAUAUAACCGGCGAAUCUCUCGAGGAAUUCAGAAGCGAGGUUCGGAUCAUGAAAAGAGUGAGACACCCAAACGUAGUUCUCUUCAUGGGAGCGAUCACUCGUCCACCAAAUCUUUCCAUUAUUACAGAAUUCCUUCCUAGAGGUAGUUUGUACAGAUUAAUUCAUCGCCCAAACAACCAACUAGACGAACGUAGACGAAUGAGGAUGGCUCUCGAUGCAGCCCGAGGAAUGAAUUAUUUGCAUAAUUCAACUCCAGUGAUAGUCCAUCGAGAUUUGAAGUCCCCGAAUCUUCUUGUCGAUAAGAAUUGGAUUGUCAAGGUAUGCGAUUUUGGAUUGUCGAGAAUGAAACACAGCACAUUUCUCUCUUCGAGGUCUACUGCUGGAACGGCAGAGUGGAUGGCACCAGAAGUUUUAAGAAACGAGCCGUCCAACGAGAAAUGUGAUGUUUAUAGCUACGGCGUCAUACUAUGGGAGCUUUGUACGUUGCAGCAACCUUGGGGAGGAAUGAACCCUAUGCAAGUCGUUGGUGCUGUCGGUUUUCAGCACCGUCGUCUCGAAAUACCGCAGGACAUCGAUCCGGUUAUUGCAGAUAUUAUUAUGAAAUGCUGGCAAACGGAUCCAAACUUACGGCCAUCGUUCGGUGAAAUAAUGGCUGCAUUAAAACCACUUCAGAAGCCGAUUACGAGUUCACAAGCGCCAAGACCAUCGAGCAGGAGAAGUGAUAAAAGUGGUCAAUCUUCUGUAAAUUUAGACGACCGUAGAAGCUAAUAAACGGAAAGAAUCUCUACUUAUUUUUUUUCUCCCGAUUGAAUGCCUAUACAAAAAGAGGCGUGUGCAGCAUUGUCUUUGAACCAAAAAAGGUUUGAAAUUUAUUGACAAAAGUACAGAACAAGUUUGAGUCGGAUCAGAAAAUCCUUUCGUAUUCCCCUUUUGUAUUCAAAUAUUGUGCAGUUUGUAAAUUCAAAUGAAUUUGCUUGUAAUUGAUGUUUGAUGUAUAUUUGUUUCCAUUGAGUGCAAAUAAUUUCUAAUGGGAGCCAAA